AUGAAUAGGAUAAAAGAGACGCUAGCUAGACUAGCUCGCGCUGCUCGUGGAUCGCGGGAGUCAUCGUCGGCAUCGUCUAGCCUGCGCCUGGAUCGUGUGGGUCGUUCGAGUAGCUCGACAUUGGACUCCCGAGAGAAAGUAUUGGUGCGCGCCGAUGGUCGAGGACCCCUUAUCAUUUACGACGGAACCCAAGAUGGCGAAGACGGCCUGGAUAUCGUCUUCGUACACGGCCUUUUUGGCUCCCGCUCCGGCUCCUGGACGAAGGCCGGUGUCUGUUACCCCCGCGACUUUCUCGGGCUGGACAUACCGGGCAUCAGAGUCGUCGCUUGGGGAUGGACGGGCUCCUUGAGCAGUUCUGGCAGCUUUUCCGACCAGGCUGACAGUCUGCUCGCAGACCUAUCGCGUCUUCGCAUCGGGAUGACACGUCCCAUCAUCUUCGUGGGCCAUGGCUUGGGUGGAAUGAUCAUCAAGGAGGCAUUGGUCGCCGCGGCCAUGUCACGAAUUUACGGCGCACACGUCGAAUUAGGCAACAUCUUCCCGCGGACCAUCGGAUGUGUGUUUCUAGGUACUCCUCAUGUGAGGAGCGGGAAAAGAUCACUGGGCGAAUGUAUGGCAGCGACCGCGCUCUUAUCGCCCUCCCCGCCGCCCAUCCAACUUCUCCGAGCGUUCAAGGAGAACAGCUCGACAUUCGAGAACCAGCACGCCACAUUUUUGAUGAUAUCAAGAGAUAUAAGGGUGGUGUGCGUCCGGGAGAAGGUACCGUCGACGAUAACCGUCUCGGCCGAGCUUAUGAAGGACGUGGACGGAUUGGAGCUAGGAAAAGGGGCUGUGCAGGUAAUGGUCCCGAAAGAUUGUGCAGCUUACGACAGUUACAAUGUGACCGUUCAUGACAUGGCGGCAACUCACCUGGAUCUCGCUCGGUUUCGGAGUCGGGACGAACAAGGCUAUUCGCAGAUGCUUGCAUACAUCACGAAGGCGUCGUCGGGCCCAACGCCUGCGGAGGUCGAGGCGAUGGAACCGCGAAAUCAAGAAAUUCUUAAUGCCCUUUAUUACGACACCAUGACCGAACGCGAAGCCCAUAUAGAUCCGGCUUACGGCCAAACAUGCGAUUGGAUUCUAUCGCCUAAUCACUCCUCUUUACCUAAAUUUCUCUCCUCAAAAGAUCAAGGCCCUACCUUCUCUCUAGUUUCGUGGCUAGUGAUCCUCCUUCGAGAACUUGACAAGAGUACUAUAACGCCCCAAUGGGUUUGGAUUAGCGGCAACGCCGGAUCUGGCAAGUCGACCAUGAUGAAGCACAUCUACCACUCCGAGAAAUUCAAGCAGAUGCUGCUCGAAGGCUGGGCAGCAGACGGCGAUCUGUACAUGACCUCUUUCUACUACUACGAAGGAGGCAGCCGACUCCAGAAGUCCUACGAGGGCUUUUUAAGGAGUAUCCUAUACCAAAUCUUAUCAAAUAGACGCGAUCUCAUCAAGGUCGCCUUCCCGAGCUUCUUCGACGGACCGUGGCCUCCACCUGUACUUUUCACGUCCGCGUCCAACCUCAACAUGGCCUUCUACUCCCUAUUUGCCCGGAUGUCGGAGCGACUACGCCUCCUCAUCUGCAUCGACGCGCUCGACGAAUACCGGAUCGUGGAGCGAAAGGACCACUACGACCAACCGGAGCUCGACAUCACCUACGGCAACGACACCGGCGACGAGAGCUGGGGCCAGAGCAGAUUCGCUCUGGAUUCGCACAUCGAGAUAUCGAAGCUGGUCAACAGUAUGGCCUCCAAAGAUAUCGUCAAAUACGUCGUUACCUCGCGCGAACUCCCCGUAUUCGAAGAGGCCUUCGCCCAAUAUCCCAGGAUCCGACUUCAGGAGCACACCGAACGGUCCAUUACCCAAUACGUAGCUGGUCGUCUCGACGACGAGGCCCCUGGAUUGCCCGAUUCCAAGAACCUUUGCAAGGAGGUGGCCGAGAAGAGCCGCGGCGACAUCCUCUGGGCCAGACUGGCGAUCGACAUGGUAGUCGGCUGCAGUCUCCGUACCCUAAGGAGCACCUUGGACUCCCUCCCCUCGCACCUCGGCGGCCCCGACGGUCUGUAUAUGCGUAUGCUACAAAACCUAAGCCGAGAAGGCCAGUACAGUGCCUCUCGAGUAUUCCACCUAGUCCUCAUGGCCCUGCAACCGCCCAGCUUGAUCACCCUGGCAUUCGCCGAGGAAGGAUAUCUGGAUCAGAGGUCCGGAGAACUGAGGAUCAUGCAGGACAACCGGCACCCUUAUAACAACGCCACUAUCCAGCGCCUGUCGGACCAGAUGCAACGCCGCCUGCAAACCUACUGUGCCAGUCUCCUCAUCGCCGAGACCGGAUCGUCCACUCACAACAACACCAUCGAGACCGGCCACCGCGUCGUUUUCGUCCACCAGACAACCAAGGAAUGGGUGCGCCGUAAGGACAUAUGGAAGCGGCUCCCCGGCUGCGCGCCCCUCGACCCCAUCGAGCUGGACUUCUCGCUGCUCAGCGGGUGCGUUCGACACAUGAAGGUCUUCGAGAUCCUGCGCCCGCCCAUCCUAGCGUGGCCGAACUGGCGCUUCCGCCCCGACGCGUGGCUGCUCAUCUCCAACGCGCUGCGGUACGCCGAGAAGAUCGACAGCCACGUGCCGGACGUGGAGAGGUACUGCGAGAUCCUGGACGAGCUGGACGCGACGUGCCAGCAGGCGUGGGUGACCGCCCUACAGAACCACAAACCCCUACACGAGGACCCGGACUGGCACGAGGUGCGGCUGCCCUCCUUCUGCCGCAAGCACUGGGCGUCCUUCGAGCCGAUGGACGCCGGGAAGCCCCCGAAGCGUAAAGAUUUCCUCGCGCUCACGGUGCAGGCCAACCUGGUGCAGUACACGGCGCGCAAGCUGCAGGCGAUGGAGCCGGAGGCGCGGCGCAAGAAGGCGCAGGAGCUGCUGCCGUACAUCGUGUGCCCGCGGGCCGAAGGUUUCAGUGCCUGCGCGGGGCUCAGCGGCGACUACUGGGACUUCCACCACGACAUGCCGGACUCGCGGUUCCUGGACCUGUGCUUCGACGCGGGCGCGACGAUGAAGGACGACGAGAAGCUGUUUAUUCGCGCGCUGAAGGCGGGCAGACACUACUUCUCGCGCGGCAGCGUCACCAUGACCCAUCUGCUCGAGACCUCGUCCAGCCAGAAGCUCAUGGAGAACCGCGAGAAGUGGGUCGCUGCCAUCAAGGCCAUGCUCCAGCACGGCGCAGACCCCCAGGCCGAGUUCCAGGUCACCACGGGCUCGUCCGAGAACCACUCGACCACCACGAUCGCGGCCGUCGACCUGAUCCGCGAGACACUUGAGGGAGAGCCCGAGUAUGCCUUUGAGCUCGUCGAGCUGGAGACGCUGAUGGGUCGGAGAGGCAGUGUCGGCAUCUCAAGGGAAUCUUAG